ACGAGGGGAAUCAUUUGUAUAAGUAUAAUGGUUGCGACUGAAAAAGUAGUAAAAUGUUUUUGAUUGUUAUUUUACAUAGUCACGUUUAUAUACUUUUUAAGUUUUACUAGAAUAUAUUUAAAGUUCAAUAACGUACUAUUUUAGUUUAAUAAUAUUAUAAUUUAUAAUUAAUAGAAUAAUAACUAUUGAAAUCAAAAAAUCAUGUAUACAUUCCAGAUUGACAAGAAACUUUUGAUGAUAAAAGUACAUUUUUUUUUGGUGUUGGCCGGUUCUGCCCCGAUAAUUCCAUUCUUGUCGACGAUAUCGAUGCAACGGGGCUAUUCGUCUGUCAUUGUUGGUUUAAUCUUCACAUUACUUCCACUUCCAGCCUUAAUUGUAAGACCCGUUGUCGGAGCCAUGACUGACAAAUACAAAUGCCGCAAGAUUGUAUUAAUUACACUCAUAGUUAUCAACUGUCUAAUUGUUUGCGUACUGAUGUUUAUACCGGGCACGACCAUUAAAACAGAAAUUGCCGACGUCAAUGUGAUCAAGUCACCGACUUUUUGGCUGUUUUUCAGCACAAUUGCCAUGUUGACUACGUGUACUACGGCGAGAUCCGUUUUGGAGAAUACUAUAUGCAUUGGUUUAUUAGGUGAAAAUAAACAUAAAUAUGGUCAACAGAGAGUUUGGGGAGCAGUUGGUUGGGGCACAAUAUCGUUAUUAUCCGGCGCGGUUAUAGACUGGUUCAGUAAAGGUCAAGACUACAAAAACUAUACACCUGGUAUGAUAAUUGCAUUGAUGGCUUGCAUUUUAGAUAUAUCUGUUGCAUUGAAAAUUGAGGUUGUUGAAAAUAGUGAAGGUAAAAUUGAAGGAUCUAAUGUAAAAAAAUUGUUGACUAAUAUAAGAGUGCUAUCCUUUCUUUUAUGGGUUGUAGCCUUUGGAUUUUUCAAUGCUUUUAUAUGGUAUUAUUUAUUUUGGUACCUGGAAGAUCUAUCGAAAAUUUACCAUCCUGAAACGAUACCGUACAUAAAGACGCUCGAAGGGUUGACUCAGACAAUUCAAUGUUUCGGAGGAGAAGUUCCGUUUUUCUUCCUGUCUAGCUAUAUUCUCAAACGAGUGGAUAACAUGAAAGUGUUUUCUUUAAUGUUUUUCACGUUUGCUGUCAGAUUCUUUCUGUAUUCAAUAAUUACAAAUCCCUUUUACGUCUUACCAGUAGAAUUGCUCAAUGGGUUAACGUACGCGCUGGCUUAUUCGGCAGCGACUUCGUACGUAUCAGAAUUAGCUCCUGUCGGGGCCGAAGGAACGCUUCAAGGAAUCCUUGGAACGGCAUUGUUGGGAAUAGGAGCGCCCGUCGGGAGUUUCGUUGGUGGGCAUAUUUUUGAUCGUUUCGGAAGUAUUACUUCGUUUAAAAUUUUAAGCGGUACUGCGUUAGCGAUAUGCAUUACCCACACUACUGUACAUUUGCUAAUGAAUCGAUAUUCUAAAGACAAGAAUUUUAAGGAAAAUGCGUCUUCUACCGAUGGUCCUUCUAUUGUCGGCAUUGAUAAUAAUAAUUUAUAAGGUAAAUUAACUUUUUUAAUUUUUUGUUGUACUAAAUGUUUGGUUUUUAUACUAUUAUGUUUUUAUAAAUAUAAAACUACUUGAGUCUUGAACGUGAAUAUUUGUAGAUUUUAGAUAAUGUAAAUGUUUGUGUGUGUAUAUGUUCAUAAAUAAGAUAUACUAAAAAUAUAAUAAAAAAAAUUACUAUUUACAAAGUUUUAGAUAGGUAUUAUAAGCAAACAUAAUCCUUUUAGGUUUUAUUUAGACAUAUAAAAUAAAAUAUAUGCAUAGGUCUAAAUGUUUUAUAUGUUUUUGAAUUAUUUACCAAUCAAAAAUGUCAAUCAUCAAUCGUCAAAAAAUUAAGAAUUUCAUUGAAGGUUAAAAGUAAAUCCGUAUGUUAAUUGUUAGUAUAUAAUAUUAUGCUCUCACAUAUUUCGUUCCAUUUGGUUAAUUUUCAUAAAAUAUCUGAAUAUUUCCAAUUCAGAGCAGCGAUGAACUCAUUUUAGCGUUGCAUUGGCGAUUCCAUUUCCACUUUGCUGUACACAAGCUAGAAAUUUUCUAGACUAAACCGGUGUGGAAAGUAAUGCACCGGAAUGUUUGGAUCAUAUCAUUUAAAUGGUUUAUUAUCCCGGUGUGGUAUAAUUUUGGAUAAUUUUAAACCGGUUUGAAAGCUGCAAUCGGUCAUUAUGACAUUCCACAUGAGAUGAUUGUACAAGUGUUCCAAAACAUCAAAAAAUGCCUUACUAAGAAGUAAGAGUAUCCAAGGAGAUAGCCACCAUAUGGAUGUUGUUGUUUUCCACAGAAAAACUGAAUUUAUUACAAAAUCUUGUAAAUAUAUAUAAUGAAAAUUUAAUUCGACUGAUUUGUCGAGUUUUUUUAAGCAUUUUUAAAUCUACAUUUAUGACUCACUCUGUAUGUACGUACAAUUUUACAAAGCUAUAUAAUUCAUUAUGAUUAAUGGUUGAAAUUAAUGCACGUACCUAUUUUCCAAAAAAACAUAAAACAUUCUUAUUGUAGCAUAUUACAUGAGUAACUGAUGUUACAUUGUAGCCACAGCUAAAUUGUAUGAUCGUGUAUUUAUGUGU